AUUGAAGUCGAGUUGCCCCUCGUCGCCGACCUUCUCCAACCGAUACCAGUCUCGAGACAGCAAUUGAUCAAGAAACAAGAACCCCCAGAUAACCAGUCAAGAUGUCGCCAGGAAUGUCGCUGUAUAGCGUCAACGCUAUAGUAAUCCUCUCCAGCGAUGACGGUUCGCGGAUAUUCUCAAAAUACUACACUCCUCCUCACGCUGCCGCUGGCGCACCAGGAACAGGAGUGGCCGCCGGGCUCGCUUCCUCGAGCGCUUCCCAGAACCCCUAUCCCGACAAGACUUCUCAAACCCGUUUCGAGAAGGGCCUCCUUCAGAAGACAGCAAAGCAGACGGGCGAUAUCCUCCUCUACGACAACAAGGUGGUGCUUUACAAGAUGGAGUCGGACGUUGCUAUCUACGUCGUUGGUAGCGCGGACGAGAACGAAGUUCUGCUCUACAACGUACUUUUGGCGCUUAGGGACAGCUUGCAUAUGCUCUUCAAGCAAUCGAUCGACAAGCGCACGAUAGUCGAAAACUACGAUCUGGUAUCCCUCGCUAUUGACGAGAUCGUAGAUGACGGCGUUGUUCUCGAGACCGAUCCCACCAUCAUCAUUCAACGAUGCAGCAAGGCGCCGCCUGCGGAUGUCAACCUCAGCCGCCUCGACCCCUUCACCGAGCAGGGUGUCAACAACUUGGCACAACUAGGCAAGGCUAAGCUUACUGACUGGCUUCGUCAGGGUCUCUAAGGGCAUGCGUGGGUGGGUAACGACAAGGGAAGGAGUGUGGCGGAUGGGAGCAACCAAGGUAAAGUUGGCGCAUUGGUUCGUGAAAAGGUAUUAGGCCCUUUUGUUUGGCGAGCCUUCUUAGAGCAGAGUAAUGAGCCAAACACGAAGAAAAAGACACGAAAAGCCAACAAAUGAUGGGUUAGCAGAAAACAGGAGUUAUAGUCUUUUUCCUUGCGAUCUAUGGGGUUUGACCCCGUCUAUAUUCUAAUGUCGGAAGCGGCUUUCCUCAGCCUAUUCAUGACUGCCGCCGCG